CCCAGUUGUUUCUUUUUUACGGAAACGGGCGGGGUGGUGCACAGGUACAGUGAAAUCUCGAAGCUCGCUCUCGUCUGGCGGAGUUAUUACUUUUUCAGUAAGCAAUUAUGGCGGCCGCGGAUCCCUGGUCCUCGAGUGACGGCGGGCCUGCAAGCAGAGGAGGGUUCCCGGAUGGUGAGAACAGCAACGAGCGCGAUGGCCCGGGAGGAAGCGGCGGAGAGACAGAACGCAAGCCAGAUCGGGCCACAUUCGAAUGCAACAUUUGUUUGGACACAGCAAGGGACGCUGUCAUCAGUUUGUGCGGGCACUUGUUCUGCUGGCCCUGCCUUCAUCAAUGGUUGGAGACGCGACCCAGCCAACAGCAGUGUCCUGUGUGUAAAGCAGGCAUCAGCAGAGAGAAAGUCAUCCCCCUCUACGGCAGAGGGAGCUCCAGCCAAGAGGACCCCAGGUUGAAAACCCCGCCUCGUCCUCCGGGACAGAGAACAGAGCCAGAGAGCAGAGGGCCCUUCCAGGGGUUCGGGGACAAUGGCUUCCACAUGUCCUUUGGGAUCGGUGCUUUCCCUUUCGGCUUCUUCACCACAGUCUUCAACACCAAUGACCCCUACCACAGAGCAGACGCAUAUGCAGCCGAUCACCAAGGCAAUGGCAACAACUGGCAGGACUCUCUCUUCCUGUUCGUGGCCAUAUUCUUCUUCUUCUGGCUGCUGAGCGUGUAAGGGAGAGGGAGGGAAAGGAAAGGUGCUCACACUCAUACACACGUCAAAACACCAGAAAUUACCCACUUACUCAAUAGUGGCUGAGUGUCUGUGGGUUUAUGCUCUUCCUUUAUACUUGAUUGAUGGAUUAAGGUCACUAAUUAGGAAAUAACUCCCCACACCUGCUGUCUAGGUCUUUAUUUAAAGGAAAAAACAAAAACCCAAAGACACCAGGCCCUCCAUGAAAUAUUUGACACCUCUGCUUUAGACUAUAGAUGGGUGGUGGUGGGAUGACUGGCAGUUCUCUUAGCAAGAGAUAUCUAGUUCAGGAAACACAAACCAGUCAAAGAUUUGUGUAUCCAAAUGAUUUAUGAGACUCACUUGGAUAGGGAGAGUACACAGACACCACUCUGGUGGUGGAUGAUGGGUGAGGGUGAGUAAAACGAAGACACUAUCGCCCUCUUUCUGUGGAAUUUGUACAUAAAUGCACACACACACACACAGGGGUGGGGGCUGGCUGACCUUUUUUUUAGGGAUGGGACUGGUGGAUAGUCAAAAUUAAAUUAUUGGAAUGAUUUAAUAGUAAAUUAGGGGAUGAUCUAAGUAAUUUUACUGCACCACAAAACCUAUGUAACAUGUGGUUAACGUAGAACUGUUUAGACAAAAUGGAAUUACUUGUUUUUGCCCCUUGAAGGAAUUUCAGGUUUAAUUCCCCAAAUAUUAGAGCUUGUUUGAGUUGUAAGGGAGGGUGAGAAUGGGAUUUACCUGAUAACAUCAAUGUUUUUCUUUAAUCACUAUAACCACUUUUUUUCCAAGCCAAAGAGUAACGUAUCACCGUCAAGUACAAUUUGGGGAAAAUGUAUUUGGAUAUUCCUGUUUACAAUUUAACCGAUUUAAUAAUUUGUCCGUAGAUUUACGAACCGAAUUUAUGAAUAUUCUUUAGACUAGUGUACAGAUGGAUACACUAACAACUUUAUACAUAAUCUUAACAAACUGCCAUUGCACUGUGAAGUCAUAUAGAGAAGACAUACCUAAUAAUGUGGAUUAGAGCUACAGUGUAUUCAGGCCCCUUCACCUUUUCCACAAUUUGUUAGCCUUGUUCUAAAAUAUUCAAUUAUUUUUCUCAAUCUACAGUAGUGGCCAAAAGUUUUGAGAAUGACACAAUUAUUAAUUUUCAAAGUUUACUUCUUCAGUGUCUUUAGAUAUUUUUUGUCAGAUGUUACUAUUGAAUACUGAAGUAUAAUUACAAGCAUUUCAUAAGUGUCA